GCAUGUUCUUUCAUGCUAAAGCUGCAGUUGUUUGGUGUGUUUUUUCAUUAUUUCCUAAAAAUUGGAGACGUAGAGGUAUGAUAAACAGAAAAACAGAGACGCUGGGUCCUGAGGGAUGUCAGACGGCUUGGGUCCAUCGAAAUGACAACUGCUAUCACGUGAUCAACGCGCGCGUGCACUUCGACAGCGCCAAAGUGAUCUGCGACCUCAAGGGUUCCGUGCUGACGUCACUGUGGGACCAGGACGAGGCGGCGUUUGUGUUCAAAUUGCUCAAUGAAAUCAUGUGCGAACACCAGACAUCGCAAUUAGGAGCCAAUCUGUUAUUCGGCGCUAGAUAUGACACUUCAUUGGGCGAUCGGGAAGACUCUAAUUUCCCCGGUUUAUGAGGGCAAUUCCCAAUAUUGUGUUUGAUUUUCUGUCUUGGUGGAUGCCAGAAUAAAAUGAUCGAUGGGUCCUUACCGCCACAUGACAAGAACUGAUGGAAGGCAAAUAUUCUGACAGCAUUGCGGGAGAGACAGGCCUUUGUUUGAUGGGGCUCCUUUCAGAGAUUGUGGUAAUUGUUACAGAAAAGUAUAAAUUACGGGUCCUUCGAAAAGUCUCGUUACUCGACGACAAAAAGUUGAAAAAGUCUUCUCUACUUCUACCGGUACUUUCACUCAACAAAGUGAUCAGAAUGCGUUGCCUUUUCGUAUUGUGUGUGAUCGGUCUUGCCAUGAGCGUGUCCGCCAAGGCCACCGGCGACGCCUCAAAGGCGCCCGCCGGAGAUGCGCCUGCAGUUGAGGCUCCCGCAGUGGAUUCUGGGAAGGGGACCGCGGCUCCCACAGACGCCGCCGAAGCCAAAUCAGCCAACGGCAACGCUUACGCAUACGGAAAGAACAAGAAGCCGAAAUGCAAGGGACUGUGCCCCGAAUCGACCCUUCAGAUCUGUGUCAACGUAGACGCUGCCGACACCGCCAAAGUAAGCGCCCUGAUGAGUCUGAUGAACGGGGACGCCGCAGUUGAAGCUGCAAUCACUGCUGCUGCCGCAGACGAGACGAAGGCUGACAAAACUGCUUCCGGUUCCAGCAAAUCCGCCAGCGAGGAGAGCGGCUCGAAAUCGGACACCAACGACAACAACUGAGGCGCUCGACUCGGACGAAAAAAAUCUAACAUUUUUAUUUCUUUCAGUUCUUUUUAUUGUAAAGUUCACUUUUUAAUCGCACAAAUCACAGUGAAACCUAUGUAUUUUUUAAUCAAAUAUGAAUAAAGAAUUUAGCAGCAAA